CCACUUGACAUUGGCAUUUUCUCAUCUCUUGCAUAUGCAUACUCACAAGAGAUUGAUCAGUUGAUUCAAUCAAGCUGCGGAUUCACUCGCCUAACAAAACGAAGCUUCUGGCAGCUUUUUUCAGUGGCCUGGGAGCGCUCAGUCACUUCUUCAAACAUCAAAUCAGCAUUUUCCAGCCCUGGAAUCUUCCCUCUAGAGCCUAAAAAAGUUUUAAAG